GAAAUCUUCGGUGCCGUAGAUUUACAUAGAAUAAGUGCCGGUAGUCGUAAUUUUAAACACUACUAACACAAUUUGUGCCUUUUCUGGGUUGCUGCCAACAUGGGUCGCGUACGUACAAAGACCGUAAAGAAGGCUGCGAGAGUCAUCAUCGAGAAAUACUACACUCGUUUAACUCAUGAUUUCCAUACCAAUAAACGUAUUUGCGAAGAAAUCGCCAUUAUUCCAAGCAAGAAACUACGAAAUAAGAUAGCUGGAUUCAUUACACAUUUGAUGAAACGUAUUGAACUUGGACCUGUACGCGGUAUUUCAAUCAAAUUGCAAGAAGAAGAACGUGAGAGGAGAGAUAACUAUGUCCCGGAAAUUUCAGCUUUGGAACAAGAUCCAAUUGAGGUUGAUCCAGACACGAAAGAAAUGUUAAAAGUUCUUGAUUUCGCGAAUAUUCCCAACUUACAAGUUAUGCAGCCAAUCACUUCUUCCGGAUUGAGGAUGCAAGGCGGCAAAAUGUAACAGUUUAAUAUUGUUAAAAAAAUCAAUAAAAAAUCGA